AUGGCUGAUAACGUCGGAUUAGUGUUUGCGGUCGAUUACUUUCUUGAGGAAGAGGACAUAGACGAUGAUGACGAUGAUAUUGUCCCAUAUUUUUUUGUUAACUUUAUCAGAAGAGAGCGUGUCCCAUCUGUAAGAAUAUUUUACGAAGAAGUGUUGCCAGAUUUCUCUUCUCUUGACUUUAGUAAACAUUUUAGACUAACAAGGCAAACGUUCACACGCUUAUUCCAAGAGAUAGAACCAAAUCUAGCCAAGGAUAUUCGGACACAGGGCAAACAGCCGAUAUUGACGGAGAAACGUGCCAUGGUAGGCCUGUGGUAUUUAUGUAAUACAACUUCCAUGAGAGAAAUUUCUUUACUGUUUGGAAUUUCACAGUCCACAGUUUUUGACUGUGUUCAUGACUUUUGUGAUGCAUUAUGCUCAGUUCGGGAUCGAGUUAUAUCUUGGCCAGGUCCCCAGCGUCAGCAAGAAAUUUCUGAUCACUUUGAGGCCGAAUGUAAAAUACCAGGAAUCAUAGGGAUAAUUGAUGGCAGUCACAUUACUCUUACAAACAUUCCCAAUGGAGAUCAAGACUACAUCAACAGGAAAGGGUAUCCCUCACUCCAGUUGCAAGUUAUUGUAGACCAUAUGUUACUUAUUACAGAUAGCUUUGUUGGAUGGCCAGGGUGUACCCACGAUGCCCGAGUUUUCAGAAACUCGGAUAUCUUUAAUGAGUUGGAAAAUGGAAUUUUAAAUCCACACUUUUUCAUAAUUGGAGAUUCUGCCUACCCACUGAAGCCUUACCUGAUGACCCCUUUCCGUGAUAAUGGAAGGUUAACUGCCCCCCAGAGACAUUAUAAUAGAAAGUUAUCAACAUCACGUCAGAAUGUUGAAAGAGCCAUUGGCCUACUAAAGUGUAGAUUCAGAAGGCUCACAAGCCUACCCUGCUUGGAUAUAGAACGUGCUUGCAAAGUAAUAACUGCAUGCUGUGUUCUUCACAACAUUUGCAUUCUAUCAAAUGACUCUGUUAAUGACAUGCUGGAUGACCUCCCUCCAAACAAUAAUGUCAACAACUAUGGACCAUUAUAUGGAAAUGCACCCCUUGGUAUAAACUUUCGCAAUCAGAUAGUUCAGUAUCUACAAACAUUGUAAAAUCUAAAUAUUGUGCAUAAGAGAAAAGACAAUGAUUAGAGACAAGAUUGUAUUUGAAAAUGAAAGUUUAAUAAAAUUAGAAGUUAAACUUUAUAACCAUGUAUUGUUUU